GCUGCUUUUGGCAGAGGUGAGGGCCAGGUGUGGACAAAGGAGCUUCAGUGUAGAGGCAACGAAUCCCAGAUUCACCUCUGUCCAAAGUCAUCUACUCUCAAACAUGACUGCUCCCAUGACAAUGAUGUCGGACUGGUGUGUGCUGACAUGGUGAGGCUGGUGGAUGGUAGCAGUCGCUGUGCUGGGAGAGUGGAGGUUCUUCAUAGAGGACAGUGGGGAACAGUGUGUGAUGAUGACUGGGAUAUGAGAGAUGCUGCAGUGGUGUGUAGAGAGCUGGGCUGUGGGGAGGCUGUAGAUGCAGUGGGUAAAGCUCACUUUGGACCACGAUCAGGACCAAUCUGGAUGAAUAAAGUGGCCUGUAGUGGAUCAGAGUCUACACUGAAGAACUGUGGUUCAAGUGGAAGGGUUAGUGACUGUCAACAUGCAGGAGUUAUCUGCUCAGGAGUGAGGCUGGUUGGUGGUCCUCACUGUGCUGGGAGUGAGGUGAUUCAUGGGAAGACCUGGACCACAGUGUGUGAUGCUGACUUUGACCAGCAGGAUGCAGAGGUUGUGUGUAGAGAGCUGGGCUGUGGGCCUCCUGUGGAGGUGCUAGGAGCAGCUGCUUUUGGCAGAGGGGAGGGCCAGUUGUGGACAGAGGAACUUCAGUGUAGAGGCAACGAAUCGGAUAUUUACGCCUGUCCAACAUCUUCUACAGUCAAACAUGACUGUUCUCAUGACAGUGAUGUGGCACUGGUGUGUGCUGGUAAGAGUUGUGUUUUUUAAAACUGAUUUCACAUUUUACAUAAAACAUUUUCUGUGUUAAAAAUAAAUUACAGUGUGAGGCUGGUGGAUGGUGGUACUCGCUGUGCUGGGCGAGUGGAGGUUCUUCACAGAGGACAGUGGGGAACAGUGUGUGUUGAGGGUGCAAGUGUAAUAGCUGCAGUAGUGGUUUGUAGACAGCUGGGCUGUGGAGGGAUACUGAGUGCUACUGUAAGUGACACAGCAGGAUCUGGACCAAUUUGGAUGAGUCAACUCACCUGCAGUGGCUCAGAGUCUACACUGAAAAACUGUGGAUCAUUGGGCUGGGGUAAACAUAGAUGUAGUCAUUUGGACGAUGCUGAAUUAAUCUGCUCAGGUCACAAAAUGCCCAGACUUAAAGAUGGUCCUCACUUGUGCUCUGGGAGAGUAGAGGUGCUUCAUGGGAAGACCUGGUCCACAGUGUGUGAUGCUGACUUUGACCAGCAGGAUGCAGAGGUUGUGUGUAGAGAGCUGGGCUGUGGGCUUCCUGUUGAGGUGCUGGGAGCAGCUGCUUUUGGCAGAGGGGAGGGCCAGGUGUGGAGAGAGGAGCUUCAGUGUAGAGGCAACGAAUCUGAUAUUUACUCAUGUCCAACAUCUUUAGUCAAAAAGAACUGCUCCCAUUACCGUGAUGUGGGACUAAUAUGCUCAGGUUACACAGCUGCACGUCUUGUGAACGGCUGGGACUCCUGUUCUGGUCGAGUGGAGCUCCAGUACCUCAGUGACUGGGGCUCAGUUUGUGGUGAUAGCUGGGAUAUGAGAGCUGCCAGUGUCCUCUGUGGGCAGCUGAAGUGUGGGAGUGCUGUGGCUGUGUUGGGGGUGGACUGGUUUGGGGAGGGAAGUGAUCACAUCCGGGCUGAUGUGUUUGACUGUCAUGGGAAUGAGACACACCUGUCAGAAUGUCCCAUCUCAUCAUGGAGUCGAGCAGCAUGCUCUCAUAAACAAGAUGUUGGAGUCAUCUGCAGCAUUUCCUCUCAGGCCUUUCAUGAGGGCCGAGUGCAGUUGUCUGGAGGGAGUGAGUGUGAGGGGCAGGUGGAGGUUUACUUUAGCCUGGGCUGGAGGAGAGUUCUCCUUGACUCCUGGAGUGUAUCUGAAGCCUCUGUGGUGUGCAGACAGCUGGGCUGUGGCUCUGUGCUGAACUUCUCCAGCUCCUCUCCAUCCAGUCCUGAACAACACAGCCACAUCUGUGUGAUAGGUUUCAAUUGUUCUGGGAGUGAAGGUCAUCUGGGGAACUGCAGCAGUGCAAAUCUCCUCAACCUCUCCUGCAGCUCUGGGGAACAGCUGUCAAUCACCUGCUCUGGUAUGUUUAACUCAGCCCACAGCUCUAUCAGACUGGUUGGUUCUGGUGGAGAUUGUGCAGGAAGGCUGGAGGUUUUCCUCAACGGCUCAUGGGGGACAGUGUGUGAUGACUCAUGGGAUAUUGAGGAUGCCCAGGUGGUGUGCAGGCAGCUUCAGUGUGGAGUGGCCCUCAGUGCCCACGUACCAGCCUGGUUUGGUCCAGGAACCGGGCCCAUAUGGCUGAAUGAGGUGCAGUGUGAGGGGAGGGAGACGUCCCUGUGGAACUGCAGGUAUCAGUCUGGGGGAAAGCAUGACUGCAGACACAAGGAGGACGUAGGGGUCGUGUGCUCAGAUUUUAAAGAAAUCAGACUCACUAAGGGGUGUGAAGGGAAUCUGGAAGUGUUCUACAAUGGAACCUGGGGAAAUGUGUGUGUGAAUGGGAUGAAUGAGGAAACAGUAAAUUUGAUCUGUCAAGAGCUGAACUGUGGAAGAACAGGUAGUGAGUCCACAUCCAGAGCAAAAUUGGAAUCAUCUCCUAACUGGCUGGAUCAGGUGAAAUGUAGGAAACAUGACUCCACUCUAUGGCACUGCCCAUCUGAUCCUUGGGGGCACAAUAAGUGUGAUAAUGGCAAGGAGGUGGCUCACAUUACCUGUUCAGAAGAGCAGAAACAUUUACAAAAACAUGUGAAAUGCUCCUCAUUUCCCCAUCAAAGACAGUGCUCAGUUCACCUGCCUCUCAGGCUGAGUGGACCAGAGGGAAGCUGCUCUGGAAGGCUGGAGGUUUAUCAUAAUGCUGUGUGGGGCUCCAUCUGUGAUGAUCAGUGGGACAUCAGGGAUGCUGAGGUGGUCUGCAGGCAGCUGGGCUGUGGGAAGGCACUGAGUGCUAAUGGGAGUGCUGCCUUUGGUGCUGGUGAAGGGGUGAUCUGGUUGAACAGAGUGGAGUGUAGAGGGGAUGAGAUUCACCUGUGGGACUGCAGUUAUUCACUGAAGAACCACACUGAUUGCUCCCACAAAGAGGAUGCUGGCAUCACUUGUGCAGGUCAGAGGAUACCUCAGACAGGGUUUUGGAUUCAAUAA